GAACGCAGACAGACCCUUGCACAUGGUUCUCGGAGGUGGAUAUGCCGAGCCUCUUCUUUUGUUGUUUAAAAGCAUGUGAAGCUGAGACGCAGGUUGUUCUUCCCUGCAAGAAGGAAAGCAAGAAUGCAUCAUGGGGAACAUCCUACGAUGUCAAGGAUGCUGCAUGUGAUCCUAUGAACGUUGGCCACACGACCUCAAGCCCUGGCUUCUGUGGUUAUGCGAGUGUUUCAUCCUGCUCCAGUGAAAACGCUUCAGAUAUUUUAAACUGUAUUGCUGAGGUUUCACUGAGUGUUUUUACAAAGCUGCUAUGUCCUGUAGUUCAGGCGCACAAUGUACAGGGGAAUGAGAAAACCACCAGUGCUUCAAACAAAUUGCUUCUUUUUUUGAUGAAGCUAAAACUAAACUUGUCCUACUCGUCCUUGGCGGUGUUUUUUGGGUUGCACAGAACCACAUGUUCAAGGCAUUUUCUGUUCAUCCUUUCCACUCUCCAUUCAAAAAUGCGGCCAGUAAUUUACUGGCCAUCACGGUCAACCACACAGCUGAUGAUGCCCAACUGCUUCAAGCCCGACUAUGUGAACUGCAGGGUUAUCAUUGGCUGCACAGAAGUACCCUGCGUGGGGCCAAGCACUGUCCAUGAGAAAGUACUCAUGUCUUCUAGCUACAAAGGAACAUACACUGUGAAAUUCCUUGUAGGAAUAACUCCAAGUGGCAUCAUAAGCUAUAUAUCAAGGCCUUAUGGGGGCCGUGCCACCGACUCUCUUAUCACAUCUGACUCUGGCACACUGCACAUGCUUGAGCCAGGGGAACUUGUGCUCGCUGACAAGGGCUUUCCUCAAAUCAGGAGUACUCUUGUGGAGCGAGGAGUUAAAUUUCAGAUGCCAAUCUUUGCACGACCAGAUGAGCCUAUUACACGUGAGGAGGUUCUCGGCACCUACAAGAUUGCAAGUGCAAGGAUACAUGUUGAGCUGUGCAUACAGUGCAUGAAGCUUUUCAGAGUAUUGUCAGAAAGACUGUCUGCUGAUCUGCUUCCUCACAUUGGCAAAAUCGUCAACAUGUGUGCAGUGCUGGCAAAUUUGCAGGCUCCAAUUAUUAAGGACAAAGAUUAGUAGGCAUGUGCGGAAAUCAUAGCAUGGCAUCUAUAA